AUGGCGCGUCUAGGCGUUUUCCCUUGGAAGAGCAACUCAAAGAGCCAAGAGAGCACGGGCACCGCCGGCGUCACCUGGCGCCUCUUCGGCAGCAAGUCCACCAACAACUUGGCGGCGAAGGCCAUCGCUGAUCCGCAGAAGUCCCUCACUCCUGUCUCCUCAGCGUCGAACACGCCGCACCACCACAAGCGGCAGGGCAGCUCGGCCAGCGAGAAGCAGUUUGAGGACCUCGUCGCCAGCUCCAUAGCUCUAAUACAGCAUGACAGGCCGUCGAACCUGCCCGCAAAGUGCACCGAGGAGGCGCUCCGCCACAAGGCCGAGCACGCGCGCAUGGUGCAGGCGGCGCGGAGGCGGGUGGAGCGCGAGGCGGCCGCCAGGCUGGCCAGGCUCCACGAGUCGCUGAGGCUCGAGGAGCGGCUGGCGAGGCACGCGCACGAGUGGUCGCGCACCAUACUGCCCGACUGGGGCAACAUGAAAAACGCCAAGCGAACGCUCGAGCUGUGGUGGAGCGGUCUGCCGCCAUCCAUACGCGGCAAAGUGUGGCAGCUGGCGAUCGAGAACAAGCUGAAGAUAACGCCCGAGAUGUACGUGGAGUACGUCGCUAAGGCGAAGCGGAGGCUGGCGGAGGCGCGCGAGAGGCGCGAGAGGCUGAAGGUCAGGAACCGGGGCGCGUGCGGCUGCGGAGGCCGAGAGGCCGAGGCGGCGCAGCAGGAGAGGCCCGAGGAGGACAAGAGGCCCGGCUUGCCGAGGAACCUCAGCGAGCAGAACCUGAAGAGCGCGGCGGCGGGCGGCCCGCGCAGGUGCUGCUCGAAGUCGAACCCGGACCUCCUCGACUACAACGACGAGUGCUCCAUGGAGCUGAUACAGCUGGACAUAGCGCGCACCUUCCCCCACCUGUGCAUCUUCCAGCCGGGCGGGCCCUACUUCGACGUGCUGCACGAGCUCCUGGCGGCGUACGUCUGCUACCGGCCGGACGUCGGAUACGUUCAGGGCAUGUCCUUCAUCGCGGCUGUGCUGAUCCUGAACAUGGAGGCAGCCCAGGCCUUCGUCUGCUUCGCCAACCUGCUCAACGGGCCGGUGCUGAGCGCCGCCUUCACUCGUGACGGUGCCGCCAUGCAGCGGCUGUGGAAGGCGUACGGGCGGCUGCUGAGGCACAACCUGCCCGCGCUGGCGGAGCUGGUAGCGCCGGAGCUGUACUUGGUGGAGUGGCUGUACACGGCGUUCGCCAAGGCGAUGCCGCUCGACGCCGCCUGCCGCGUCUGGGACGUGUUCCUGAGGGACGGCGACACCUUCCUCUUCAAUGCGGCGCUGGGCAUCCUGCACCUGUACCAAGAGGAGCUUAAGGACAUGGACUUCAUAGCGGCCGCGCAGUUCCUCACCAAGCUGCCCGAGGACCUGGACCCCGAGGCGCUGUUCCGCAGCAUCUCCGCCAUCACCAUGACCCUGGACGGGAUGUCCUUCGAGGAGCUGGCCUCCUGUUGCGAGCUGGAGGCCACCCUCGACGACGACGUCACCGUCCGGUUA